CCACAGACCUACUACCCCUGUCCCAAGAAGUAGCAAGCUGGGAGAAGAACAGCAGUGAAGGUGACUCCUCCAAGCUUUCCUAGAGAGGACUCUCUGGAGCAGCCAUUUUGGAAACCACAGAGACUUGGUCCUCCAAGGGCAAAAGGGACUAGCAAUAGCCAAUCAGGGGCCAUGCUGGCCCAAAUAAAAAGGGCUGCCUGGGUUUAGCAGUUUAGCUCCUGGCUGGGAGUGGAGGAGGGAAGAAGUGGGUUUGUACCUGGCUGGAGUAGCCAGCAAUCAGACAGCAUUCAUGCUAGGCUGAAUUUCCAUAGCUGGAAUCACAGAGGGAGAAGGACCUGGGGAUGCUGGACCUGAGAUAGGGCUAGAGAUAAAGGGGCCAGGUAGAAAGAGGCCCAGGGAAACAGCAGUGAAGGACUGAGGGAAGUGAUAUGUGGCUGCUGGUUGUAGGAUCCCUGGGCUGGAAACCAGAGCAGUGGGUGGCCUGGGUUCCUUCACCAGCCACAGGUAAAGUAGUGUAUGACCCAAGAAGGGGGCAAGGCUUAGCUGCAAGCCUGAACAAUUUAAAGGGCCCAGAACCAGGUUGAAGAUCCUAGUGAGGGCAAAUAGCCUGUUUGUUUACUGGAAUCUUUAAUACCCCACAAGGGGUUCAUUUCAAUGUUGUGACUUGGCCAGAGGGCCAAAUCACUGAAAACCCACCAAUGUUGUCCUGCAGCCUGCAGGGAGCACCGGGGGUGAGAAAAGGCCUAUGGUACCACACCAAGCUGCUCAGAGGUGCUCAAGAGGUCCUGGCUCCCAGUGUUCAAGCUGGUUCUAUGUUGCUCUAGUCGUGGGUCUUAUCGCACUGGUUUUCAUGGCUGUUCUAAUCACUAUUUUCUGGAGGGGAAAUUGUAAGAGUCCAUCCACGCUCAGGACAACCUGCACUGAAAACAGUACAUCUUCAGGGGAAUCUCCAUGCACAGGGAGAUGCUCGAUGACAAUCAGUGGAUUAAUGGACGAUCUGUGUGAAGAUAGAGAGGGAAGAACUGCGUGUCUGCUCUGCCCCCCAGGGUGGAUGCUGCACAGGGGGAGAUGUUACUAUUUCUCAGAGCAGCUGGGGACCUGGGAUGCCAGUAUGCAAAAUUGUUCAGGCAGGAAAUCCCAGCUGCUUGUUGUUGAAGAUGAGGCUGAGAUGGAAUUUAUAGCAACCAGAACAGAAAAGAAAUAUUUCUGGAUUGGAUUAAACUUUCAAGAGAAAGAGGGAAGAUGGAUGUGGCUUGGUGACUCCCAGUUAGAAGGGCCCAGGCUGAGCUCGGUGAUGGAAAAUGGAACUGUAGAUGGCACAAACUGUUGUGCUUUCAACAAGGAGAAGUUACAGCCUGAGAGGUGCCCGAAUUUACACAGAUGGAUCUGCAAGAAAAAUGCAACCAUGCUGGCUCCCUGGAACACCCCAGAACAUCAGACACCAUCCCUUGUAGAAUGAUGCAUUUUCUUGUAUUUUGUGAUAUUUUAAUGUAAAUAAUCAUAAGAGCAUUGCACAGAAACCAUAGCAUUCGGCAAUCCUGUGUCGAUUGACCACUGGCUGCAUUAGGGAUAGGUUUGUAUUGUAACCCCCUGUAGCUCCUGGAGUCCAAGACUAGAGGAUGUUUAGCUAAACAGAUUAUAAUAAUUGAUGCACGAUAAAUAAGCUAAUAGCACAUUCGAUCCAGGGCCGGGCCUUUACCCUUCAGCUCGAGCAAGCUCAUCCCGUUUUAUUCACCUGUUCAGAUUCCAAAUGCUUUUCGUUUUAGGCCAAUCUGUUUCUCUUAAGAUUUAGUGCCAAAUGACAUCUACAUAAACACGGAAAUGCCUGUGACUAUUUGCUCUGUAUUAAGAAAUGACUCAUAAACAUCUCUUUUUUUGCUUACUUUCAACUUUUGUUGUAUUAAGAUUUUCAAGAAGAAACUCUUAUGCAAUGGAAGGUUAUUUCCUGCUCCUUGGUGCAGCUGCAUUAGCAGGAACCAUUUUGGUUCCUCUGACCAGCCGUGCCCAAAGAUGACUUGUGUGUACAUUGUGAGUAAAUGUCAAUAUUAACUAGACAGGAAAAAUACUCUUCUAACACUUGGGGAAGGCACUUUGGCCCAGAUCAUAGAAUCAUAGAAGUGAAUGACUGUCCCUGUACUCCUGUCCCCUGUACUCAAAGCAGGACUAAGGAAUAACUAGACCAGGGGUUGGCAAGUGGGAGCUCCGGGAAGCGAACCACAGCCACUGGGAGCUGUGAAAGGCUGUGCCUGCGGACGGUCAGUGUAAACAAAAUGUCUCGCGGCCUGCCAGUGAAUUACCCUGAAGGGCCACGUGCCGAAGGUGGCCGACCCCUGAACUAGACCAUUCCUGACAGGUGUUUGUUCAACCUGUUCUUGAAAAACUCCAAUAAUAGAGAUUCCAUAACCUCCUUAGGUAAACUAUUCCCGUGCUUAGCAUCCCUGACAGUAAGUUAGUUUUUCCUAAUGUCCAUCCUAAAUCGCCCUUGCUGUAAUUUAAGCCCAUUGCUUCUUGUCCUGUCCUCAGAGGUUAAGGAGAACAAUUUUUCACUCUCCUC